AUGAAUGGUUGGAACGGGGGUGGUGGUGGGGGACAUGGAUUGGGAGAGGGCAGAGGCAAGUUGGAGUGGGAUGGUUUGGAGGAACGAGCUGAAAGCGGAGGAGAUUGCCGAGGUCAAGGCCUCAAACACAUUGUUGAUGAGGUCACCAAAGGGGCGGGCGCAAGUGGGGGGAGCGUCCCGGGGUUUGGAGCACUCCGAGGAGGCAUGACCACCUGCAAACUUCAUCCAUCGCACUUCGCGGGUGCAGUCACCCGCAAAGUGCGCCAGUCCUUGGCAGCGAAAGCACACCCGGGUCAUCCUCCUGGAGCGGGGCUUCUCCAUCGUCACUUCGACGUGGUCAAGGAGGGUGAGGGUGGGGAGGAGGCGGUUCUCCGGCGUGUCAGGAGCGGAAACGAAGAAGAGUGGGGUGAGGCGGCGGGUGCAGGGGGAAAUGAUCCUGGAAAUGACUGA